AUCAUCAUUUUUCUGAAUUUUUAAAUUUUUGGUUAGGCAUUUGACUCAGGAAUAAGAGCACAUAAUGGCCAAAGCAGCGGGGAAUAAUGGUGUAAACUUAAUGAGAUUAUUGCAAGAAAGAGCAUUGUCCAAGAAGGGAAAGGAAGAGGAAAGGCAGCCGCAAAACGUUCUUGAACAAAAGCAACAACAAGAUACUGAUACUGUUGUUCCUUAUCUUCCUAAAGAUUGUGUCUCAAAUAUCCUUGUUCGACUGCCUAUUGAGUCUCUAAUUCCAAAGUCAAUGUUGGUAUCUGUGUUAUAUGAAGGACAACCAAAUCAUCCAGCCCCCAUUCUUCCGUUUGGGGGAUUGACAUUCAACAGGACAUUAAAAUUCAGUAUCCAGUUUAUUGAAUUUAAAGAGGGAAAUAGCAGGCUAGCAAAGUACAAGAUAAGCUGCUUAGGCAAGAUUAGAGCUUCAUACAAUGGUUUACUUUUGAUGGAUAGUGCAAUGAAGAGAGGAGGUCUUAUGGUUGUGAAUCCUAUCACCAGAAAGUGGAUUUACCUUCCUGUAGGAAGUUUAGUUCCCCCUCAUGCUGAAUCUUAUGGCUUUGCAUACAGUGAUGUUACUGGUGAUUAUAAAGUAGUGCAUUUGUUUCGAGAUGAGUUGGGAUAUAUGAAUUGUGAGAUACUAAAUGUUGGGGCAAAAUACUGGAAAGAAGUGAAUGGACCUGCUUUUGGCCUCUUUGGCUGGCUUGGAUACAUACCUGUUUCAGCUAUCAGAGCUUUGCAUUGGAUUCCUCAGAUUGAUCAUUGUGACUAUUUAGUGUCCUUGGAACUGGGCAACGAGAAAUUUCACAAAGUGCCUCUGCCCAAGAGCUGUAGAACUCAUGACAUGAUUCUGGAAAUGGGCACAUUCCUUUCUUUUGUUGCACAUGAAGAACUAGACAUAGACAUUUGGAUUCUGAAGGGUGUACAUGAUGAGGCCUGGACUAAACACCAUCGUAUCAGAACUAUUGGUUGUGUGCUUCAUAUGGUCCCAAUUUUAAGUUUGAAAAUUGGUGAAGAUAUGAUCUUCACGAGGGAAGAAGAUGGUUCCUUGCAUGCUUAUGACUUCAAACAAGGAUUAAUGAGAAAGGUACAAGGGCAAAUUCCACCAACUUCAUUCCCCCACAUCAACAGCCUCAUCUGGUGGGAAAAAGCUCUGGAUGUGUGUGAUUGAAAACCUUUUCCACAAGUCAAGAAAGUACUGGCAUUAAUCGUCAAAGGUUAUCGCUCCUACACCUUUCUCUUCUUAAUUUCCUGUGCAUUGACUUGUGAAUCUAUCUGGUUAGGUAAGAGUAAUGGUAUAACUAAAGAUGUUACGUGUAUAAAUUUUCGUAUUUGUU